AUGGCUUCGGGUGGGCCAGCCGAAGUAAUCGACGCUGAAAAGACGCUGAAUUGCGGCAUCGAAAACUUUCAAUCGGUGACUGAAGAACACUUUGAAGGCAAUAAUUUAGCUGAAGAAGGCCAAGAUCCUGGUAGCUCUUACAGUUUCCCGGGAGAAACGGAAAACGAGAAGGACAACAAUCAGUCAGCUGGUAUGAGUUUCUAGAUUCUCUCAAAUUUUAUCUUUCAGUUGAGCUUCUAUCACCUCUGAAAUGGGAGAAUUGAGUAUUUAACCUUAUCUCUCGUAGGAAUUAGCAAAAAAAAAAUGAUUCCCUUUUUGUUCAUUUGCAACUUAAGAGGAGUCUUGCGAUGGAUCGAUUAUCCGAAGCGAAGUAAAAAUUCAGCUUCAGAGUAAUCACGUGAAAAAAAUGGUUUGUGUAUAUCAUGUGUGCCGUGUUUAUGAGCUUGCGUUCCAUUUGCGGAACGCAGAUCGGCGAGUUUAGUAUUCCUUUAAUUUCGCAGUUCAUCGUGGAAUGUUGGAACACUUUGAUAUCAUUGCCAGAGUCUCUUCUUAAAAUCGUUCUACUUGAAUUAUAAGUGUCAUAAUACCGUGCCGCUGCACAGAAUGCGAAUCGUUUACAUGUAUCGAUAUUUGAAAUAUCUUAGAUUAUGUUCGACCCGAGAUUGAAGAGUAACAAUUUAAUCCUCGCAGGAAAACUUUUCCUGACAUUAAUUUCUGCAGUAGACAUUUUGCAAUUUACAUUUUCAGGAUUUAUAUGUAUCUUCUUCCAUAUGUACAUUGUCAAUCGGAACGUUAGGUCGUAUUCAAAUUAAGCAUGAACAGGAGGGCCUGUUUAUCUAGAUAGAGCAGGCAGCCUGUCUAUUUGGUUAUCUGUCUAAAUGUGUGCUGAUACUUCAAUAUACCCCCUUACUGUAUGUCUCAGAGGCCUUAUGCAUUCCAUAAGGCAAUGCUUUGUGAAGAGUGAUUUAAUUUGUCACUUUUUGAGAUGCUAUUUGUCUUUUUUGCCAUGAAAGAUGUAUUGCUGCAGCAAUUGUUGUUUAAAAGUAAAUAAAUUGUGAAAAUAAAGCCAUGACUGUCUUGCUCUGCAAGAACAAACCUUUUACCAAGUAAUGAUAUUAAGUGUGCAGCUAACAUCUGGAUUAAUAGGUCUUAGCAUGGAGGUCUUUAGCUUAGCAGGUUCUUUUCAGGAAUGGUCAAUCUUUAAGUCAAGAGUCACAUGGAGGGCUGUAUUAUUGUUGGAAGUAGACCAGUUUGAAUGCUCAAGCAGUAUUUGUGGCACCUCAUUUUUAGCAGGCCUGAUUGGAUUUGUAACAGUUAUUUUCAAUAAUUUCUGGAAUAAGGUCAAAUUGUUGGGUUGCAUAGAUUUGCCAGCUAAAGAGGAGGUGCAUUAUUUUAUCAGGAGGCUGAUGAAACAGAAUGGAAGCCUCCUGAUGUCUCAAGAACCCACCUUCUAACUUACAUGUAACCCAUAAAACUUAACAUCAUUAUGGAUAUUCCCCAUACUGUUCUUCAUACAUUUCUUUAGGUGCAAGCAAGGAGAAUUUGUUUAGCAAUCAAGAGCUUCAUUAGUCAGUGACGGUUUUCAUUACUCUCAUGACCUUAACCCUUUAACUCCCACGAGUGACAAAGACAGAAUUUCUCCUUACAAUUUCAAUACAGUAUCAACCAGAUAAGUGAUGAGAAUAAAGAAAAAUAUCAUUUUGGGGAUAAUUAAUUGAUCCAAAACUAAAUUCUCUGAACUAACAUUAUAAGAAUUGUGGUUGACAGUGAGGAGAAUUUCAAAUUUGAUCUGGGAGUUAAAGGGUUAAUGCGUGAUACAGGAGUGUUAAUUUUUAAGGAGAAAUUAGGUUGGACUCAUACUUGUGCGUUUAAGGGAAAAAGAUUCUGUUAAUGUGGAGAAAAUCUUUGCCUUUUCCUGACCCUGAUGUUCCAGCGAGGGGUUUUAUACUUGUAGAGUUUAAAGCUAAGUGAAAAAAAUUUCAAGUCUGAUACUCUGGUACAGGUUGUAAUAGCAUUUGAUUCCAUGUGCAUGAACCAUGAAUGUUGAUUUCUUCAAAUUCAUUUCUGAAAAUGUUCUUUUUUCUUUUUUGUCUUACAAAAUACAGUAGCUUAAGUUAAAUUAACUGUGAUUUUUUUAUGCUACAUGUAUGUUGUCAUCAAUUUUGUAAAACUGUAUUUGAUAUGCCUCCCUUUCAUUUUAUUUAAAGCCUCAUCAGUGUCUGAAGAUGACAAUGAGUCCGUUCUGCAGUCAUCAAGAGCUCCAAAUACAAGUGCACUAGAAACAUUAGUACGCACUGCCUGUGAAAGUCUUGCAGUAUCAACACUUCUUGCAGGAAAUUCUUCAUCAAAUAACCUGUUAGAUGCUCCUUGUCAUCAGCCUUCACAGGAUACACCAGUUGGCCAUGCCUCGAGACUGAGAAUAGUGGCUAGUAACUCAAGUGCCACCUCAAACCUGUAUGCUCCAUCCACUAGUGCUCUUGGUGAGACUUCAGCAGCUGAUGAUGCAGUAUUUAGUGUCAUUUUUGGGCAUCGGGAUCCUAACAGCAGAGCUAGUGCAGUAGAAGAGGAGCAUGAUACCUCACAAUCCAAAGAUCUUCCAGAACCAAGUUUAGAUUUAACCCAUAACAGACUCUCUGAUAUGGGAGAUGUAGAGGUAUGAUUUAAAUUGAAUUUGAUAUACUCCCAGUGAGUGUAUUUGUUAGCCACAUUACUGUAAGGUACAUCAUGCUACUUUUGUAUACAACAUGCUGUCUGUGCUUAAGAAGAAGUUCUUCAUAUAUAACGAUCUCAUACCUAUAUUCAGUAUUUUAAAUGAACUACUGUAUAAGAUGUGUUCAUCGAAGUACAUGUAAUCAUCAUUCUAACUGUAGCUUCAUUUAAGUCAGUGUCCAGAUUAUGCCUGAAGUAUUGGUGUGCUAAUUUAGAAAUUAGAUUGUGUAAUUUUGUUAUAAACAAAGAGAACAUGUUUGAUUUUGCCCAACAAGAAACUUGAUCAUUGUUUUAUUACCACCCUGAAAAAAAAGCAGUUUCAUCAUUUUAAAUCUCUCGAGAGAAAGAGGUUUGGUUCAUUCCUUUUGCCUCACUCAGAAAACAUAUCUAGAAUGUGAAAAAUAAUCUCGAAAAUGAAUAUUAUUUAAUAUAUGCAUAUUUUGCAACAUCUGAAGGGUUCAUCUGAGGAGCUAGAAAGAAGAAGAGCAAGUGAACGAGAACGGAAGAGGAAACCAGUCAGAUUUCAAUCUCCAACAGAAGAUGAACUUAAAGCAAAGAAGAAGAGGAGGAGACGCAUGAAUCCUUUGCUUCGUAUUCCUCGUCGUGAUCCAGCCAUCCCAUUCAAGUGUGACUUGUGUGGUUCUCCAUAUGUUAUCAACCCUUCAAGACGAGGCAACAGACCAAAGCUUUCUUCCCAUCAGCCAAGUCCUCGGCAUAAGGUUGAUCCAGCAACAGGGAAGACUCUCACUCUGUGCAAUGCUUGUGGUAGGUGUCAGUAAUAUAGGGUCCAAGAGAAAUCUUUUUGGGUGGCAAGUGAGAAAUGAUUGAACAUUCUUAUUUUAAUAUCAUUAAUGGAACAAUUUGGUGGCCUAAAAUAUUUGGUUUCAGAGGGGAAUAUUUUAACAAGAAGGGUUAAAGAAGUUUCUUUGUUGAAACAAAAUCAUGCUCCUAAACCAUCACCUGUUAAGUGCAUUAAAAACAUAACAAAACAAGAGGAUGGACUCUUUACAAUGUACAUGAUGAACAUUAGCAAAACAUUUAAGUUCCUUGCCUCCUUUAGUGGUUACCAUUAAAACUUCUUGUUGCCAACAGUUGAUCUUUGAUUGUAAUAUGGAGCAACUGGUUGUUGCUUUGAACCCUUUGAUUUGGUUUAAAAUAUGUUUGUCAUUGAUGUAAUGCUAUAUUGUUUGUGAGCUUACAUGUCACCUUUUAACUCCCACAAGUGAUUUUACUUGGAACUGUGCUCCGUAUCUAGUUACAUUAUCAAGCAAACAGGUUAUGAAAAUAUCGCUGGUGAUCAAAGUUAUGGCAUCAGGGUUGUGACAUGUACAUGUAUCUUGAUAUAACACCAAAUUCUUGCAAUUAACGUAUAAGGAACAAGAGGGAAGAAUUUACAAUCAGAUCUUGGGAGUUACAGGGUAUAAAGAGUGUGUAAUGUGCUGUCAGUGCAGGGUGCUCAUACUCAGGGCUUUUUCAUUGAAAUGCAACUGUGGACUUGUGUCAGGCAUCAGCAAGGAGCAAAGGUUGCUACCUACUUGCUCUGUAGCAUUUGUACAACCACUAACCUUGACGACCCUGGAUAAUUUGUUUACUACAAAGGAUUUUAAACAUUUAAGCACUUGAUGAUUUUGUUACUCUUUACAAAUUAAUAUAAUGUGAAGCUAGAAGGAACUUGUUUGAACUCUUACCAAGAAAAUUGUGGAACAUGCUACUUCCUGUGAAACUUCAAGAACUUGAAGUAGAUAACUAAUGUAAGGGCAGGCAGUGACAUCUUUCUGUAAUAUCACACUGGAAAGAGUACAUCUAUCUCUGAGAAAUGUUUUUACUUGUAUCAAAUUUAGGUUUGUCCUUUGAUCGUCCUAAAAAGCCGAGACGAGAACGCUGUGAACCAGAUCCAGAAGAAAAGAAGAAGUAUCUGGAGGAGGCAAACCAGUUUGCAAUGUCUCUAGUAGAAGGACUCGGAGACCCUGAUGGUAAUAUCAAAUGAUAAGUUUACUUUUAUUUCUAAAGUUAUGCUUUUUAUCAUGAGCUUUGAAAUUGGUGCUAAACCAUAAGUUUUAAAAGAUCAUUUAGAAACCUGGCAAGGACAGUUAAUGCUGACCAUUGAUGAUUAUAAAUUAAGGAACAUACAGUAUGCAUGCUUGUGGUGCCUUCUGAAGAGUUUAGAAAUCAAUGAAAAUAAAAAUUUACUUUGAUGAAGCUUUAUAUCAGAUAUCAGCUUGCAUUCAUUUUGACUGCUUUUUUAAUCUUGUUUCAGCUGAAAGGCUUUGUUGUCCACAUUUUAAAUUCAGAGCAUGCGGCUGUUUACAGUCCUAUAUCAUAGGAGAUGGUAAGUCUGUCUGAUAUCAAGACAAGUCAGAUUUGUUCUGUUACACAACCAAAUCCUGUCAGCUCCACCUGCAGCGUAUGUUCCCCUCAUCCAUCUCAGUCAGCCACUGAAGCACACCCCUUCAAUCUCGGAUUGCGUUAAAACACAGUUGAAAAAUUUAUUUUAUAAUACAGCUAAUAACAGUUAAAGAGUGUUCUUUUACUUUCCUUUAAUUUUUGGAUUUAAAAUCAUAGGCAAAGUUAUGUGUCAUGCUGGGAUAAAUUUUACACUUUAAGUUACCUGUAAUGAAAGGCAAACAUGUUAUUUGUAAAUCUUAAAGUGUUCUGGUGUAGAGCCCUAACUUGUUUCUUGCUACUUUUUAUGUAGGAAGCAACAUGCAAGAGUCAAGGGAACGAGCCAACGACAUGCUUCAAAUGCUUAAAAAAGCAAAAGAACUCAGUAACAAGAAAUGCUAUGAUGUUGAAGAAGUCAGAAACCAAGCAAAAUCCACGAAAAGGUAUCAUCUGCUUGACUUAUUGACUCAACUACUGUACAUUGUAUAGAAGAAUGUGUGAGCUCAGCUAUGACAUCUGCAAAUGGUUAGACUUUCUAGUCUUCUUGGAUGAGGACAAUCAAUAGUAGGCUCUGUAUCCUGCACCUUCUCUGUACUGGUUAGCAGGGGAAGUGAAGGAACUCACACAUUUCUCUCAAAGAUACAUGUACAUGUAAGGGAUUGUAGCUCCCAGUACUGUAGUAAGGUCAAAGGAGAACUCUCAAAAUUUCCUUUCAAAAAUUUAAACUGUACGGUGCAGUCUGGCCAAAGUGUCCUACACUGUGUUGUAAAGUGCAUGGGGCAUAUUGUUAGGGAAAUUCUCUAUAAGUGCAUCAUUAUCAGUAUUAUGUAACAAUUUAAGUAAUCAAAUAACUCUUGUUGAUCCUAGUAAAUACUUGCAAAGUGGCUGUCUCUACUGGUGUCAGUAGCAGUAACCAAGAGCAUUGGUUGUAACAUUGAUAUAUUUUGUGAAGAACUUGUUGGAAACUUUUGUGACUGUUGAAACUUUUCAGAUCUAAAAACAUUGGCCUUGGUAAUGGUCAGAGGAAGUGUACUGAAUUUGAGGAGUAUGUGCUGGAAAAGAGGAAACACUUACGCGACACUUUGAAAUUAUGUGAAAGAGCUACUCAGCGGGUGUUGCUGUAUUCCAAUAACUUCCUGCACAAAAAGCUCAAAACUGAUCCAUCAGUAAGUUCCAUGUACAAUCACAGUCAUGCAUGUGAUGGGACACUCUUUAUAUAUUUACUUUAUUGAUUUAGUUAUCUGCAAUCUUCAACCAGUCCAGCCCACUUCAGCUGCAAGCUGCUCAGAAUAGGGACCUUAUCAUAUCUGUUACAUGUAUGUCACAUGAUACACAGCCUCAAAUAACCUUGUCACUCCCAAGAUCUCAUUAGUAAUUCUCCUUAUGGUUUUCAGUCCAAUUCUCACAAUGUUAGUUCAGAGAAUUUGGUACUGGAUCAACUAAUAAUGUGCUGAAUUGUUUUUUUAAAUUUUCAUCAGUUGUCUCUUUGGUAUUGUAUUGAUAUUGUAAGGAGAAAUUCUGUUGCGGUCACUCAUUGGAGUUGAAGGGUUAAAUGUAGACAUUGAGAUUCAGAUUUCCAACUAUAUGUAUGGCUUUGAAGAUUAAGAAGCCGUCAAUUGCCUGUCCAUAUUUAAUUUGAUAAAAUUAUCUUUUUCGGGAAACGGACUGGAAUGCUCAAAACAGAUAUGAUUAUGGUAUAAAUGUGCAAGGCAAAAAGUGAUUUUGAUACUUGUCCAUGAUACUUGUCAUUUUUGUUCUUAUCUUUGAAAACAGAUGAAGGGGAAGAGCUUCUUUAGGGGGAGGGGGGGGCAAUUUUGAAUUUGGCUUAUUGGAAGGUCAGUUGAAAGGAGUGAAUAAGGGAGAGGAGGCACUAAUUAGAAGGUUUAUAAAUCUUGUUAUUCUCACCCUUAGAAACCUCUUCGUAUUGUGAGACAGAAAGGAAAGGCUGCCCUUGGUAAACUGAAGGCCAUGGAAGAUUUACCGAAAGAACGGUGUUGUGUGGAUAACUGUGUUAUGGUCAGUGCACAUUCUUUAAUGUACUGUUUACUGCUGUGCACCAUAUCUUAGAUAUAUAAAUUAUUUCCACAUCACUCUGUAAACAAUGUCUUGAUCAUUGGUUUUGGAAAACAUUGGAAACGUCUUGCAUAAUAUGACGUAAAUUUAUGGAAUUUUCAUUGCUUUGAAAGAGAAUGAAUCCUGUGAAAGAGUUGUUACAUACAUACAUACAUACAUACAUACAACAUACAGGGUUAUAAACAAAUGAAUGUGUAAGUAGAUAGUAAUGAUUGUGAAUUCUCAAAUUUAUAGAUUGCAAUGACACACACAAAUCUGCUAAAGCAGUGGCGUGACCGAGCCAUCUCAGGGCAGACAGAAGCACGGAGAGUUCUUGCAGAGAUGCUCACGCCAUCUGGAGGUGCGCGCUCUAAUUGUUACAAGUUCAUAUCCUGGGUGACAGGAUGUAGUCACAGCACAAUCGGCAGAGUUAAUGAACAAAUGAAAGAAACAGGUUUGUUUUGAUUUUCUACUUUUCUUCUUUUUUAUUGAUAGGUACUGUAAUAACAUGAUUUCUCGUGUAGUUUGGCUUAAAUAAGUAGUUGUGAAUUUUUGAGACGAAAUACCCUUUUAAUUCAUGCAAUUUUGUUAGUCUGAAAUUUACUCGUGGUUAUUUAAGCUAAAUAGCAAUCGAAAUCGUGUAAUUACCCAUACUCAAAUGGUGCUGUAAAUAGAAUAAGAAAGAUAUUAAAUUUUAAGCUCGGUAUCCAUUACGAAGUUCAUAUACGCCACGCGUCCUGCAUAUUGCUAGGAUCAGCAAUUUCGAUAGCGUCAUGUUUUGUAAAUAGAAUAAAAAAGAUGUUAAGACCCUACACCAUAGAACCUCUUUGACUGAGUAGUAGAGCAUCGGAGCGCGAAAUCCGAAGGUCUGAGGUACGAUUCCUGACGGGAAUUCAGACUUUUUCUUUGUUCCACGCUCGUGACAAGACAUCUUUUUCUAAAAUGGUGCUUUUAGGGAGAAUUUGGCCAAAAUCCAUGUUACUUCUCACGAAAUACAAGAAUAUUGAGAGUGACCGCCUAGACUCGUGAAAACAAGUGACUCGUAGGAUGAAGCAAGGAACUCACCAUUUACACAGGAGCUUAAAGCAGAAUUAGAAGAUUGGUUUUGACAGGAGGUUGUUUAUAUCGCAUGGGUUUCUUUGUUUCUCUUCCUCCCAGGUGGUGACAGAGAACCUCCUUCUCAUGGUCUCAUUAAAUGGUGGCAGGAAAACCCUAAACCCAAGAAAACCAAGCUGAAAGAUCCGCAGCAGGCUCAGGUCGACACUGUUCAGCAAGUGGCAUUGCAACAGAUCCAGCAAUCACUGCCUCAAGUCAACAUCCUACAAGCUGCAGUCAGUUCAGCCGGUCUGUCGGCUGUCAUGAUGCAGCCUGCUGUGUCGUCUGGAAUUCCGGCACUGACCACUGUGAACAGCUCCCAACUGGCGCAGACACAGUUACUUCCUACAGUCACAUUCACCAAUGGAACCAUCCAAGUGCAGGGUGCACCUGUACAGGUUAGUUUGCGGUCAGCAUUUGAAAGAUGCUGUCCCAGUUUUUCCCUUCCCCACUUUCAAAUCGUUUAUUUUUAACGAACUCUGUGAUUUUAGAUUCAAACCGCUCAACCAAUACAAGUGCCUCAGGUUCAGGUACAAGUUCAACAACAGCUGCAACAGCAACAGUUGCAAUACCAACAGCAGAUUCAACAACUGCAACUGCAACAGCUCCAGUUACAGCAGCAACAACAGCAGCUUCAGCAACAACUCCAGCAAACCCAGCAACUGCAGCAGCAAGCGUCACAGCAACUCCAAGCACACGUGAGUACUUUUUUAUUCCAGCCGAACCCUUUUACUCCCUUGAUGUGAUUGUUAAUUCUCCCUUCUAGCGUUCGAGAAUUUGGUGUAAGAUCAAGAUAAUAAUUUAUCGGUUCUUCAUUGGUCGUCACUUCUUUUAACUUUUUAUGUUUGUUUUGCGCUGACUUUAUUCAUUUUCACAAAUUUUUUUGACUCGUGCGAUGGACUUGCUAAAAAAGAGUGACUUCUCGUAGUCUUUGACUGAUCGUAUAGUCGCUAAAGCUUGUUCCGGUCUCCUUGACUUGACGUGACUAUGAGUAUUGUUACUUCUCUUGGAGGGAUGCUACUCCAUCGCACGGUACCUUUCCCCCUCCCCCCUCAGAAUUCCUUGAAAAGUCCAUGACAGUUUGCUGUACCCAUUCAAACUUAAGGGUGGAGAGAGACAUUGUGAGAUUUCGGUGCUUUGCCCAAGAACACAGCACAGUGACCUUGCAAAGGGUUCAAAUUCAGAUAAGAGUUCAGUUUGCUACCCAUCAAAUCAACCAGUAGAGAUCAGUGAGCUGAACGUAAGCUUGCUAGGCGACUUUUAGUUUUAACACCUGACCGGUUCUGUUGUAGGUUGUCCAUCAAUUGCAACCACAACCUCUGCAACAACCGGCCUCUCAGCAACAGCAACAGCAACAACAACAGGUGCAACAGCAGCAGCAGGCUCCGCAAACACAACCGCCACCACAACAACAGCAACAAGCACCACAGGUUGCUCAACAGACAACCCAACCCCAGCAACAGCUUGUGCAGCAAGCUGAAUCCCAAGAGACACCGCCUAAUGUAACUAUCACCAUGGCAACGUCCAAUACCUUGACAACGGCUGCGUUGCAAGGCAACCUGACUGCGUCGCAAGCAACGCCGCUGAACACUGAGAGUUUGUUUGCCACAGACGGGUUUCACAUUCUCAGUGCUGUACAGCCGCAGGUGGUCACGCUUCCCGUCUCGCCCCAGUCGGCAGUGGGUCAGGCUGUACCUGUGUCGCUGAUCCAGACUCCUAACGGACAGCAGGGCUUGCAAUAGUUUGGGCACUACGUUGAAAUGCGCUGCUGUAGUAAGGGCAGGCAGAGAAUUGAGAUGUUACGGCUUGUAUUAAAGACACCAAUGAAUUUUAAGUUACUCGGUUGAUCUACAUGUGAUUCCGCUUCCAUCAGCAUCAAAUUAGUUGAUUGGAGAGAUUCAUGUAUACGAAUCUAUGUAAAGGAUAAUGGGCUCCUGAUUCAUUUUAGUUUUAUGAAUGGUGUAUGUGGGCAAACUGACCACUAUUAUUUUUUCAUUUGUACAAACUUAUAGCAGUUGACUUGAUAAUUAGUAGAAUUGUAAAUAGUGGGCCACUCUGUUGUUGUAAAAAGAACUGGUGAAUGAUGUACUAGGGGAAGUAAUGCAGAUAGAAGCCAAAUCAGGAAUGGGGUUAAUCAAAAUUUGUUGGUCUGUAACCAAACUGAAGUUAAAAGUAGACAACUGCACCAUGUAUUAAGUAUUGACUAUAGAUGACCAGUCGAAUAUUGUUCUUUAUUGUAUGUCUUUAGUUCGUGCGCUAUGAUUGGUCAAUUUUGCGGGCCGUAUUAUCACUUUACGUCCCACUGAAUUCAAGUUUGUCUUGGUCGCCAGAUUGGAACCCAUUUGUAAUAACUUUCUUACUAACCUCGUUUCCUCGGUCCGUACUGCAAGUUGCGAAACCUAAUUUUUCCUGGUGGGUAGCUCACAGUAAGGAACUCAAACUCGGUUGGUUAGAGGUAUGUGCUCUCGAUACUGAUUAAUG